AUUCCAAAAGUCAUUGAAACUUGUUCAUCACAAUCUUAUCAAACAUCCAAAAAGGAGAGAAAAAAAAACCAUCUUACUGUCCUUACAUUCCUUCCUUUUCUUUCUCUAAUUAUUGUUCCUUGAUCACAUCCUUCCCUAAAAGAAAAGAGGAAAAUCAGUGGUAUAUGCAGCCGUGUCAAAAGGUCAAACAUUGCAUAAAUAUAUAGAAUAGAUAGAUAAAAGAAAAAUUAUUAUACGAAAGAGCUAUAAAAGAUCCAUCCAUCUAGGAAGGACGGAUAGACUGGUCAUUCAAUGAUCAGGAAAAUGACUCCUACAUUGAGGCUAGUGUUGUUGAGCAUUGUGUCCUUGAUUUUUUGGCCAACUACAGUGGUUAAAGGGGAAGACCCUUAUAUUUUCUUCACAUGGAAUGUGACCUACGGAACACUGGCCCCAUUAGGCACUCCACAACAAGUAAUAUUGAUUAACGGCGAGUUUCCAGGCCCCGUCAUCAAUUCCACAUCCAACAACAACGUGGUUGUGAAUGUGUUCAACAACCUGGAUGAGCCAUUCCUCAUCACUUGGAGUGGGGUCCAGCAGAGGAAGAACUCGUGGCAAGAUGGGGUGCUUGGGACCAACUGCCCAAUCCUACCAGGCUCAAACUACACCUAUCACUUCCAGGUGAAGGACCAGAUUGGAAGCUUCAUGUACUACCCGUCCACAGCCAUGCACAAGGCCGCAGGUGGAUUCGGAGGCCUGCACAUCAACAGUCGCCUCCUAAUCCCAGUCCCUUACCCAGAUCCUGAGGAUGACUACACGGUCAUUAUCAAUGAUUGGUAUACCAAGACCCACUCUGCACUCCGCAAUAUGCUGGACAGUGGCCGCACCUUGGGCAGACCCGAAGGAGUCCUCAUCAAUGGCAAGAAUGCCAAGGGAGACGGAAAGGACGAGCCCCUCUUCACCAUGAAGCCUGGGAAGACAUACAAGUACAGGGUGUGCAAUGCCGGGUUGAAGACCUCCCUCAACUUCAGGAUCCAGGGCCACGGCCUGAAGCUAGUCGAGAUGGAAGGCUCUCACGUUGUACAGAACGUCUACGAUUCACUAGAUGUCCAUGCGGGAGGGUGCCUGGCAGUGUUGGUGACGGCGGACCAGGAUCCCAAGGACUAUUACAUGGUGGCCUCCACCAGGUUCACCAAGACGGUGUCCACUGGGAAGGGGAUCAUCCGUUACGAAGGAGGGAAGGGCCCAGCGUCAGCUGAGAUCCCCGAAGCCCCAGUUGGGUGGGCCUGGUCCCUGAAUCAGUUCCGGUCCUUCAGGUGGAACCUCACAGCCAGCGCCGCGAGGCCAAACCCUCAAGGCUCUUACCACUACGGCCAGAUUAACAUCACCCGUACCAUCGUGCUUGCCAACACCGCUGGGCGGGCCAACGGGAAGCUUCGCUACGCCAUCAACGGGAUCUCCCAUGUGAACCCACCCACCCCGCUGAAGUUGGCAGAGUACUAUGGAGUUGCUGAUAAGGUGUUCAAGUACGACAUCAUGCAAGACAGGCCACCUGCCUCCGACAAGGCUGAGAUUGUGAUGCAACCUAAUGUUGUGAACAUCACCUUCAGGGACUUCAUCGAGAUCAUCUUUGAGAAUCACGAGAAGAGCAUCCAGGCCUACCACUUGGAUGGAUACUCCUUCUUUGCAGUGGCGAUCGAGCCUGGAACUUGGAGCCCAGAUAAGAGGAAGAACUACAAUUUGCUUGAUGCGGUGAGUAGGACGACGAUCCAAGUAUACCCAAAAUCGUGGGCAGCUAUUCUAUUGACUUUCGACAAUGCUGGGAUGUGGAACAUCAGGUCAGAGAUUUGGGAGAGGACAUACCUUGGCCAGCAGUUGUAUGUCAGCACGCUUUCCCCAGGGCGCUCUCUCAGGGAUGAGUACAGCCUUCCCGACAACUCAUUGAUCUGUGGCAUCGUCAAGGAUAUGCCAAAGCCUCCACCAUACACCCUUUAAACCCCAUCCCAUUCACCCCUCCCACCACCUACCUACAAUUCAAUCUCUUCAUAUAAUUAAUAUUUAAAAAAAAAUGCUCACACUACGUACCCACCACUAAACCCUACUGCAGCAGCUUCAAUAGUACACCGGCCUCUAAGGACAGAAUCCAUGCAUCUUACAGCCGAGGGUCUGGGAUCGAAAUUGAGCAGUGACCUCAUCACGACAGAGGCAGGGGAAAAACACUCACAAAGAUUAAGAAAAACCAAAACCCAAAAAAAAUUAAAAAUAAAAACAAACAAAUCAUUAUGUGAUCUUAUGUCUAUACAAUUUUAUCAUUUUUCCCACCGAGUUUUGGCUUUGUUUCCUUCAACUUUCCAAUGCCCCUAUUUGUAUUGUCCUUGUUCUUCAUAUAAUCAAAUAUUCUUAUCUCUUCUUUAUCAUUUUCAUGCGCUACCCACUAUCUUACUUAAUCAUAUUCAGUAUUCAAUAGUUAUAUAUACACUAAGUUAGCUUUUAAGAAAUGAAUCAUGUAAAGCUUCUGUCUGCUUCGUACACAAUUAUUCGUUGACAAUUCAGUAAACUGUAUUAUGAUAUGAAAUAAUCACUCUACUGAGAUAGAUGAACAUGUAAGACACGAAAAAUCAAAUGAGAACUUAUAUGUUAUAGUUUUCUCAAAUACGAUUUUCAGUUAAAUUACAGAAACAAUAUAUAGGUACGAAUAUUUUAAAUUUAUUUAGGGAUUGUUUGCUUUGUGUAUUUUGCACUUAUAAAAUGAGUCAUUUAAU